AUGAGCUUCAAGGGUCAGAAACGAAAAUGCGACAGUACAAGCAACUCUGCCAAGUCGGCAAAAUUUGACGAAAUUAAACCGGGAAACCCAUUUUUGGAGAAGGACGUGCCAGAAGGACUUUUUCCGAUUGGAGAAGAGGUGUUCGUGUAUCCCAAUACUUUCCAGAGCAACGUCAGCCUGCAGAUACGAAAAUUUCACAAAUAUGGAGAAAAGUACUACCCGACGAAGGAAGGGAUCUCCUUGCGGCCUUGGUGGGCUACAGAUAUCAUAGGAAAGAAAUCAGUGCCUCAAACCAAGCAACAACUGCGUACGAUAUUUGAACAUGAACUCACCAUCGAGAGCAAUGACUUUGCUCAUUUCAAAUUCACGCGUUUAGCACCAAAUGGAGAGCCCCGAUCAAUCACACUAUCGGCAGAGCAAUGGACUGAAAUGAUCCGACAACAAAAUGCUAUUACGAAUGCGUUGCUAGAUCAUGUAUUCCGUGAAAUGGACUUUUUGAACGCGUACAGUACCAUAACGAAUACCACAGUAGCAAAAAGCACCUUGCCUGCUUCGUUGGAUACAAGUUUGGGUACGCAUUACCUUCACAACGUGCUAGAGAGUGUUCUGUGUAAAAUGUUCAAAGACAAGGGACUUAAAGAUCCCGAAAUGUUAGCUGAAGAACUACAUGGGAAUCGCAUUGAGAAUUUUAAUUCUCUUGCACUAGCUAUGGACGUUUUAGAAAUGGCCGAAGAAUUUCGGGAAAAUUUGUGGGAAGACCCAACAUUUUUGUGUAUAUGCGAGACUUCAAGGAAGGAUCACAGAGGACCUGUGUUUCGAACUGAACCCCCAUCCCGAGUAGAAUUUUCAAAUAGUAGUGGGACUGAGUUGCGGUGCAACGCGGAUGGUACUCCAGUUCCUCGACUAAGCUGGCAAACAAGAGACGGUGGUAAUGCUCGUGAUAUACCAGGACUAAGGUAUAUGAGGACAGAUGGUACUUUGGUGUUUCCACCCUUCUCUAGGCAGGACUAUCGCCAGGAUGUUCACGAUACUGUUUACCAGUGUUUGGCUGCUAACAGUGUUGGGUCAAUUGUUGGUAGAGAAGUUCAUGUUCGAGGAGUGAUCAAGCAAAAGUUUAACACACAAGUGUACGAUGACUUUGUAGUCAGAGGAAAUACUGCAGUCCUGCGUUGUCAUCUCCCAACAUUUGUUAAGGAAUACGUUUCUGUUGAUGCAUGGAUAAGAAAUGAUGAUUUUGUCUUAAAGAUGACGCCAUCUAGAGUCCGUUCGCACACUGUUCUGUACUCUGGCGAGCUUCUAAUCCACGAAACCCAAGAAAAAGAUUCGGAAUACAAUUACAGAUGUCAAACAAGACACAGGCUAACGGGAGAAAUGGUAGUCAGUAUAAGCGCUGGAAAAAUUACUGUAUCAGAACCACAUGCUUCCACACUCCCCAGGGUGACCUUCAGCCAAGCACAAGUGAGAACUGAAGAAGGGAAUCCCGCUCAGUUGCCUUGUGUAGCCCAGGGCAACCCACCUCCAACGUACAGGUGGAUGAAAGACGUUAAUGGUGUCUUGCUGUCUGUCAAAGAAGAUGGACGAGUGUGGAUGGUCCAAGGAACGUUGAAUAUUAGAAAGGUGGUCAAGACAGAUGCGGGGAAGUAUCAAUGUAUUGUCCGUAACAGCAUUGGAGAAAGGAGGAUUGAAAGUGCUCUUAUAGUAACAGCUCCGCUCUCCGUGAGUUUACUCCCACCACACCAAGUGCUCAACAUAGGACAGGAGGCAACAUUUACCUGCAAUGUCUCAGGGUAUCCAGUCCAUGGAGUGUCCUGGCGAAAGGACCAGAGGCAGAUAGUCGUAUCCAAUCGUGUCCAGCUCCUUUCCAGGGACGUCCUGCACAUAGCAUCACUCAGAAGAGAAGACCGUGGCAUGUAUCAGUGCUUCGUUUACAAUGACCAAGAUGGCGCCCAAGGAACUGCUGAACUUAAAAUAUCAGAUGUCCCACCUUCGAUUAUAUCCGUUUUCCCGGAACAAACUGCUCAUCCAGGAGAGACGAUCUCCCUAAAAUGCGCAUCGUCUGGUAAUCCUAUACCUCGCGUUACUUGGUAUCUCGACGGUUCCGUUGUAGGAAGAAGUGCCAGAACUGCUCUAGGAGAUUACGUCACGGAACAUGGUCAUGUGAUAAGCUUCUUGAAUUUGACAGAAACAAGGCCAGAGGAUGGUGGAGAGUAUAAGUGUCACGUGGGCAAUGAUGUAGGCAGUACGUCACAUGCUGCUCGACUAAAUGUGUACGGACCUGUAUUUGUGAGACCUAUGCCUAAUAUAACUGCAAUAUCUGGCGAAGAUCUGAUCGUGAGAUGUCCUUAUGGAGGUUAUCCUAUCAAAGGGGUCCGAUGGAAUAAAGGGGGGAUCUUACUACCACUGAAUCAUCGGCAAAAAGUCAGUCAUGGUGGUAUAUUAACGAUACAAAGUGUACAAAGAGCAGCAGAUGAAGGUGAAUAUAGUUGUACUGUUAGAAGCAUGGAUGGAUUAUCAGCUUCUGGUAAUACCCACGUUUCUGUGGUAGUUUCACCAAUGAUCGAUCCGCAUUUCUUUCGUGAAAGUAAUACAGUAGACGAAGGAGCACGAACAAAGUUAGUGUGCAUUGUUACAAGAGGAGACCCGCCCCUCAGAUUUCACUGGCUAAAGAACGGAUUACCAUUUCUGGCGCACGGAGAUACAACUGUUCAAACCACAGAAGAUUCUUCAAUAGUCACCUUCAAGAAAGUAACUUCUUCAGACAGAGGACUCUACACGUGUGUAUCAACAAAUGUAGCGUCUUCGGCGAAUAUGACGAUGCAGCUGGUAGUUAACGUGCCACCACAAUGGACCGUAGAACCUAAAAACGCUACAGUCGUAUUAGGAAAUACUGUAUGGAUGGACUGUGCAGCUGUUGGGUUUCCAGCUCCCAGUAUUCUUUGGAAAAAAUUGAUUUAUACAGAAAACACCGCUGGUGAUUUCACGUAUGUGCAUUCAAGUCCAAGAGCUCAUCGUUACAAUAAUGGGACACUCGUCUUGUCCGACGCGGAAGAGAACGAUGCCGGAGCGUAUCUGUGUCAAGCGAAUAAUGGAAUUGGAGCCGGACUUAGUAAAAUUGUAUCCCUGCAAGUGCUAGUACCACCUCGCUUCAAGGACGCAUACCAGAGCAAAGCUACCAGGGAAGGACUAAACGUGACAUUGAAAUGCGAUGCUUCCGGCCACGCCCCGAUCACCAUUACUUGGCAUAAAAAUAAAACAGUUCUGGAAGCAAAAACAAAUCCCAGGUAUUUUAUCAGAAAUAUAUCGAAGAAACAUCAAACAAUUUCUGAACUGCAGAUACUGAACUCAAAUCGAAAUGAUACAGGAAAAUAUACUUGCUCUGCCGUAAGUGAUAUUGGGACAGACGAAGCUAUUAUUCAAUUUGUUGUUCAAGGAUUACCAGAUUCUCCAUCUAAUGUAACAGUUGUCAACACGACAAGUCGAUCGGUAAGUUUAAUUUGGGAAGUGAAUCACAACGGAAACAGCCAUAUCACUGGAAGCAUUGUUCAAUAUCAGACCACAUCAGACAUGAACUGGAACGGACAAACAUCUCAACUGAUAGUUUCCGGUACAGACAACAGUGCAACGCUGCGAGCUCUGACACCUGUAACUCUUUAUUAUUUGAGGGUCAUAGCAGAGAAUGCAAUUGGUCAAAGCAACGCAAGUGCAGUAAUUAACGUGACAACCGAAGAAGAAGUACCUUCUGGAUCACCAAGGGACGUCCAAGUACAUUCAACCGGAGCGCAGUCUAUGAAAGUUUCUUGGAAGCCGCCCCCAGAGGAUACCCAGCAUGGUUUUAUAAAAGGAUAUUACAUUGGUUAUCGGUUGUCUUCUUCUACCGAAUCUUACACUUACAAACAAGUUGAACACCAAUCAAAUAAAGACGUACAGUCGACGUACAUAACAGGACUUCAACCAUUUACCAAAUAUGACAUUGUUAUAAAGGCGUACAAUUCAGCUGGUGCCGGUCCGAAAUCAAGCAGAAUUGUUGGGAAAACAUUAGAAACAGCACCUCCAACUUCUCCUGUAGUUCAGAUAGACGGUACAACAUCUUCAACUAUAGAAGUUAGUUGGAAAAAGGAUGUUAAAGACAAAUCAGCGGCACCUGAAUACACCCUUUUUUACAAACCCGAUGACGGUGAUUGGAAAUCUGUGCAACUUGAAAACCAGAGCGAGCGACACACAUUGACGAAUCUUCGGUGUGGGACUAGGUAUCAGCUUUACAUGACAGCGUCCAACAGUUUAGGAACAGGAGAACCAAGUCCACCUGUUUACACCAGGACUCUAGGAGCAGCUCCCAAGCCUCCUCUCAGUUCAAUAUUCCUUCAGCCAAAUGCGACGUCAAUUUUAUUGAACUUAUUAGCGUGGGAAAACGGUGGAUGCCCGACCCGACAUUUUAUUGUUCAGCAUCACGCUAAGUAUCAAACUCAAUGGACUGUUUCCUCAGAGAAAUUGGAAAUGCCACGUGAUCACUACGUUAUAAGAAAUCUAAUACCAGAUCGAGAUUAUGUUGUAAAGAUAUCAGCGCAUAGUGAAGCUGGUAUUACACAAGAGGAAUAUUCAGUUCGAACUUUAGCUGCAUCUUCCUCAGCUCCCACUUCUUCUCCAGCUUUCGGAAAACGGGAGACUGAUCUUCCAUUUUAUAAGAAUAUUGCCUUAGUUGUUCCUGUCGUGGUGUCUUCUUUGGUAAUCCUCGUGCUUUUGUUUGCCAUUGUGGUCUGUUUGAGGAAGCACUCUCAAGACCGAAGAGGAAGAAACGACUAUGACAACCGAAAACCAUGUGGUGAUUCUUUAAUGAUGAGUGAUAUGGCGAAACAAAUUACCACAAAAUCAACAAAGUUUUCUCAUUAUACAUGUCCAGCAGGCAAAACUGAAUAUGCAGAGCCCUAUACAUGCAACGAUACAGUAUCUUCACGACAACAAUCAGACGGGCUUUUCGCAACAAUAAAAAGGUGUCCUACAAGACCCAUUUAUAUGUCUGCACCUUAUAAGCCAGGUUCAGAAUCUCUUUGUAGUCAACACAGUGCAACCAAUGAGAGCACUCGAUCAGAACUCGUGUCUAGUGAAAAAUGGAGCAAUCCAAGAAAUAACAGCAAACUUCAACGGUGA